AUGACAAAGCACCCGCAGACUAGUCCAGGUCUACCCUCUCCUACUGAAGCAACGACGCAACCCCUCCUUAUGGGAGUCUCGAACAUCUCGGGUCUUACAGACACACGCGCGUCGGUGGUUUCAGCACGAAAAUCCGACAUGAUCGAACCUUCUGAUCAUCACCGUUACCUCUGGAAGAUCUCUGGCGUGUCCACAACGCUCGACCCAGAUGGCCUCUGUCAGGUACUUCGUAAGCAUCCUGACAUACAAACCUCGAACACUGUUGGGACAAGUGGCAGGGACAAUGAGGACGAAUGCGAAGACAUUGUCGUGCGUACGCUGGCCGUUGAUCCAAACAGACCUGCCCAGUGCCAGGCGACCGUGUCAUUCCGUCACCUUUCUCCGAAAUUAACGGAAAACCGUGCAACUGGUCGAACCUUUGAGAUCCGCGUACGGCUGCCGACCCAGGGCGAGAUCGAACAAGCUGGCGCUGGAUUACAGAAGAUGGCAAUUGGUGACAACUUCGAUGGCCUUACCGCCCUCUACUCCCCACCUCCAAAUAAGCAUGAAGCAGACAUUAUUGCCGUUCCUGGACUUGCUGGCCAUCCCUUCGGUUCAUUUGUUCACAAGUCUGAUGGCUAUAUGUGGUUAGCAGAUGGCUUGCCGCAGGAUUUGUCGACGGCUCGAGUGAUGAUCUAUGGACACCAAAGUAGAUUGAAGGACAGUGUCAGUUUUGCAACUUUGGAUGACUUGGCGAAUAGUCUUCAGAGAACUUUGAGCCGAGUUCUGAAAAAUGGAAGAAGCCGUGUUGUCCUCAUCGGUCACAGCCUUGGGGGGUUGUUGAUCAAGCUGGCAUUGAUUAGAAUGAACCAAUCUGAAUCGGAGAGGGCAUUGGUAGGACGUAUAGCGGCAACAGUCUUUUUCGGCGUUCCUCACGAAGGGAUGGACAUCGAAUCUUUGACCCCAAUCACCGGGAAUGGGCCAAACCGAGCUUUGCUUGAGUCGCUAAAUCGGAUCAACCCCAAAGAGCUUGCGUCUAGAAACCAGGACUUCACCUCAAUGCUCCGAGAACAUUCCUUCAAGGUUUACUGCUUCUUUGAAACAUCAAUGUCUCAUACAGCAGUUGCCGACGAGCAUGGGAACUACAAGAUGAUGGGCGAACGGAAAUGUUUUGUGACUCCAAUUUCCGCUACCAGUUGCUUGCCACUUCACCAGCGAGAUGGCUCGAUAGCGAUGCAACGAACGCAUUCCGAUCUCGUCAAGUUCUCCCGAUAUGACGAAGACUAUCACAUCGUUUUGGACGUUCUCAAACAGUGCAUACCGGAUACAGUGAUUGCCAACAGACCGCGGGGUGUUGUCCGCCAUAGCGAUACAGCCAUCGUGCGAGAGAACGACACUUCUGCGAGCGGUGCUGACCGGGGGUCUGAUCCUCAAGAUACACUGCAUGCUGAGAGUAUGUCGCGCUCUUCUUCGGGUUUUGCAACUAUUCAAACAGAUGGUUGUGACAAGACAGGGCCUCCACCACGCCUGUAUGAGCCAAAUCACUACAUCCCAAUCAUGCAGAACCCUCACUUUGUCGGCAGGCAACAAUACUUGAGCUUAUUGAACGAGUGUCUUGUAUGCUCUCCCUCCUCUUCACAGAGAGCAUUUGCGUUGUGGGGCCCCCGCGGCCAAGGCAAAACGCAAACGGCACGCCAAUUUGUCAAGGAGUCCGAAAGGUUCUUCAAGCAUAUCCUGUGGGUUGGGGCGGGGGACGAGACAAGCCUUAUUGCUUCCUAUGCGGGAUACGCCCGCCGCUUUGAAGUUGUGGGCACAUCAAUAGCCCCAGCAAUUGCAGCGGGCAGACUCAAGCAAUGGUUUACGGAACAGAGUGCGUAUUACAAAUCAAAUAAUCUUCCCCAUUCAUCUGCCGCUGAUAUUAUGGAAGACUCACUAUGUGGCUUUGCAGAUGAACUAUUCCUGGUUGUCUUUGAUAGUGCUGAGGAAUCGAAAUUGAUUAGCGAGUGGUGGCCUUGUAGCGAUCACGGUUCAAUCCUGAUUACGACUGUCGAUCCGAUUUUCCAAACAAGCAAUUAUGCUGGGCGAGGGGAAAAGCUCAGUCCACUCAGUGAGGAUGAUGCAAGCAAGAUGGUUCUCGACCAAGUUCGGAAAGAGGCACUCAGCAAGUCAACUGAGAUGAAUUUGGAAGCAGCACGGCAAGUUGUAAGCCGUGUCGAGUGUUUGCCGUUGGCUAUUUCGGGCAUAAUUGGAACAAUCAACAGUGAUGCGACUGACACUCUCUCCGGCUACAACGAAAGAAACAAGCAUGCAGAACCGAUUCUGACAUAUACUGCCGAGGUGUUUGACCGCCGUUUCGCACCAUAUGGAAAGGCCAUAGCUGAUGUAUUUCGGGAGCAACUGAGAGUGCUUGGACGAGACGCGGCCUCUCUCGCAAUGAUGGAGGUUAUUUCCCUUUUGCACGGGCACAGAAUUCCAGGGGAGCUUUUGGGUUUUGGAAAAGGUCCGGGAGGUAUUGCUGAUAUUGAUUUUACCAUGGACUUUGGGAAACAUAUCAAAAGUCUGUCAAGAGGCUUGCUGGACCAGAAUGAACGGAUGUACGCAGAAGAGCCGCUGCAUUACGGGGUUCACGGACUCAUAAGGCAGUUUGUCAGACAACAGAUGACCGAUAAAUCUCGUCAGAAAGCAUUCGACUCUGCUACGCAGCUUCUAUAUGUCGCCAUAGAUCCCCUAGCCUCAUACACAGAAAAGGAGCCGAGUAGAGAGACCGACAGACGAUUGUUCCUGGAUUACUUCACGCACAUCCAAUCCGUGAAAGGCUUCGGCGACCAGCUUUGGAAAGAACGAGGAAAUGUUCUCCGAGUACCGGUGUACUAUUUUAUGCUCCUGGCAUACUCAUCAUGGAUCUGUUACUCGGUGGGGUCUUUCGCAGAUGGGCUGGAACUUCUUAACAGCGCUGGGGAUAUUCUCAGAAGUAUCAAUGCCUCCACGCGAGCCUGGAGCGAGAAGCCGGGCCAGAUCGACAUGAUCAUGAGCAAGCUAGAAAUGACCCACAACUACGCCUGUAUCGCAUCGGAGAUUGGGGAUUUCUCGCUUUCAUUGGAAAAGUUUCAGGAAGAAGAGUCGAUUUACACCGAGGCUAUGGACACGAUUUGGAAGGACUCGGCCGAGGAUCACUCUGAAAGGUUGGCAAACAUCCUGGGUGGCAUUGCAAACUCCUACCAGGGUCUCAAUGAUCACACCAGGGCAGAGGAGUACUAUGCUCGGUGUUUAGAGCUUGGAGAAAGAGACGACAUUCAUUGCCCUUUUGAAGUCAACAUUUGUCGAAGCCAGUGGGCACGUGGCGCUCUCGACGUGGCAUCUACUAGACUUGAAAAGCUCAUUCAGCUCCGGGAGCGCGAGUAUGGGCAGAAGGACGACAAAGAUUUCAUAAUCGGUCAUAUGAAGUAUGUUCUCGGAAAUGUUCGGCUUGAUCAACAACGUUUCGACGAGGCCUUCGAACUCCACACAGACGCAUUGGACUGCUGGAGGAAAACCCAGCCGUACCAUCAUAAAACUGGAGAUGCCUGCCACAAGGUUGGAUGGCAUCACACGCGUCGGAAGGAAUGGAAUCAGGCAGAAGCGUCCCUCAGGUCAGGCCUUGAGGUGUAUCGAUCUGGAACGACCGCGAAAUUUUUCCAAUGUGAAAUUGCCCGUUCAAGCUAUAAACUUUCAUUGGUGCUCCAAGAAUUGGGCAAAUACGAAGAGUCGGAAAGGAUGCAGAUGGAGGCGACGGCGAUGAAGGCGCGUCUUUCAAAGAACACUCACGUUGACAAGACAUGUCAAACCGAGGCCGCAUAUGAUGCUCUAGUUAGCCUAUGGGCACGAUAA